UGGAACAGCUGCCGGCCGGGCCCGGCGGAGGCCGGCGCAGGGAGGGAGGAGCCGCCGGGGCCGCGGGGGCGCCGCGAACUGGCCCGGCCACCGUGCGCCCGCGCCGCCGGCCCUCUCCCGGCGCGCCACCUGGGCGCUCCAAGAAGAGGCCAAAGUUUACCGCGGCCGUGAGUUGAAGCCCGCGCCGGGCCGCUGCACUGAGAGCUCCGGGGGCUUCUCUUGCUUCCCGGUAUUGUUUGUAAACUUUGCUUGGCUACCCGGCGACCCCCAACUCGGCGGCAGCCGGGCGCAGACCGCAGAGCCGGGGACGCUGUGCGCAGCGCUCGGGCCAGGCUGGGCGGGCAUGGGCGGGGGCCCGAGCAGGGGUGGACAGCGGGGUCCAGCAACCCGUGCCCGGGAGCGGCGGCUCUGAGGGGCGCGGACCUCCCCGCCAGGGCACUCCCGACGCCACCAUGCAGGGCCCGGGUCCCCGCCUGUGGCUGGUCCUGCAGGUGGUGGGUUCGUGCGCCGCCAUCAGCUCCAUGGACUUGGAGCGUCCGGGAGACAGCAAGUGCCAGCCCAUCGAGAUCCCGAUGUGCAAGGACAUUGGCUACAACAUGACCCGCAUGCCCAACCUGAUGGGCCACGGGAACCAGCGCGAAGCCGCCAUCCAGCUGCACGAGUUCGCGCCGCUUGUGGAAUACGGCUGCCACGGCCACCUCCGCUUCUUCCUGUGCUCCCUGUACGCUCCCAUGUGCACCGAGCAAGUCUCCACCCCCAUCCCCGCCUGCCGGGUCAUGUGCGAGCAGGCCCGGCUCAAGUGCUCGCCCAUCAUGGAGCAGUUCAACUUCAAGUGGCCCGACUCCCUAGACUGCAGCAAACUUCCCAACAAGAAUGACCCCAACUACCUGUGCAUGGAGGCGCCAAGCAACGGCUCCGACGAGCCCACGCGGGGCUCGGGCAUGUUCCCGCCGCUCUUCAGGCCACAGCGGCCCCACGGCGCUCAGGAGCACCAGCUGAAGGACGGGGGACCUGGGCGCAGCGGCUGCGACAACCCGGGCAAGUUCCACCACGUGGAGAAGAGCGCGUCCUGCGCGCCGCUCUGCACGCCGGGCGUGGACGUGUACUGGAGCCGCGAUGACAAGCGCUUCGCCGUGGUCUGGCUGGCCAUCUGGUCUGUGCUGUGCUUCCUCUCCAGCGCCUUCACCGUGCUCACCUUCCUGGUCGACCCGGCCCGCUUCCGGUACCCCGAGCGCCCCAUCAUCUUCCUCUCCAUGUGCUACUGCGUCUACUCGGCGGGCUACAUCAUCCGCCUCUUCGCCGGCGCCGAGAGCAUCGCCUGCGACCGCGACAGCGGGCAGCUCUACGUCAUCCAGGAGGGGCUGGAGAGCACGGGCUGCACCCUGGUCUUCCUGGUCCUCUACUACUUCGGGAUGGCCAGCUCGCUGUGGUGGGUGGUCCUCACGCUCACUUGGUUCCUGGCCGCAGGCAAGAAGUGGGGCCACGAGGCCAUCGAAGCCAACAGCAGCUACUUCCACCUGGCUGCCUGGGCCAUCCCGGCGGUGAAGACCAUCCUCAUCCUCGUGCUGCGCCGGGUGGCGGGCGACGAGCUCACCGGCGUCUGCUACGUGGGCAGCAUGGACGUGAACGCACUCACCGGCUUCGUCCUGGUCCCGCUGGCCUGCUACCUCACCGUGGGCACCUCCUUCCUGCUCUCGGGCUUCGUGGCGCUUUUCCACAUCCGGAGGGUGAUGAAGACGGGCGGGGAAAACACGGACAAGCUGGAGAAGCUUAUGGUGAGGAUCGGGGUCUUCUCGGUCCUCUACACCGUGCCGGCCACCUGUGUGAUCGCCUGUUACUUUUACGAACGCCUCAACAUGGAUUAUUGGAAGGUCCUGGCGGCGCAGCACAAGUGCAAAAUGAACAACCAGACGAAAAACUUGGACUGCCUGAUGGCCGCCUCCAUCCCCGCUGUGGAGAUCUUCAUGGUGAAGAUCUUCAUGCUCCUGGUGGUGGGCAUCACCAGCGGGGUGUGGAUCUGGACUUCCAAAACGCUGCAGUCCUGGCAGAAUGUUUGCAGCCGCAGGUUGAAAAAGAACAGCCGGAGGAAGCCUGCAAGCGUGAUCACCAGCAGUGGGAUUUACAAAAAAGCCCAGCAUCCCCCAAAAACUCACCUGGGGAAGUAUGAGAUACCCGCCCAGCCUCCCACUUGCGUGUGAACCGGGCUUGCAGGGAAGGAGACCCGGCCGUGGGAGCUUGGGAGCUGAAACAUGGUGCUUUUCAGGAGAAGAGAAGCUCCCGGGUUCAGGAGCCUCUUGUGUAAUCCAUUUGUGGUAAAGUAAUCGAUUCAGCUCUGGAAAGAAAACUUUUAUUUAGAACCUUCCAUUAAUAUACAUCUGUGUAUAUUGGAGUUGGCUUUGCUACUACCAUUUACGAACAAGGGGACAGAUAACUUCUUGGCGAACUAAAGAGCCUCCAAUGGGUUAGCAAAUGAGCUGGGGGGGGGUGGCGCUCAGGAAGGCUGGUCUGUGGGAGGCCGCUUCUGUGCAGACAGAAAGAAAGGGGAUCCUGGGGCCAUCACACUCCAGUGGAUUGGAGUCAUUUACAACAGCCUCCAGCCUCUAGUCUUCACAAAUAGUCUUUCUCUGAGACAGAACCCUCCACCAAACCUAACAUUGGUGAACUCAAACAAUGUGCAAUACAUUUUCCCCCCCUUCCCAUGAAAAAGAAAAACAAGUAUUUUGCUUUAUAUAAAGACAACAAAAGAAAUCUCCUAACAAAAGAACUAAGAGACCCAGCCCUCAGAAACCCUUUAGUACUACAUUUUGUGGCUUUUUAAUGGAAACCAAGCCAAUGUUAUACACGUUUGGGCUGAUUUGUGGAAAGGAAAGGGGAGAAGAGGAGAAGGAUCUUUCAAAAGUACCCAAAAGGCUUAUUGACUUUCCAUUGUGAAAUAAAUGAUUUCCAUGAACCCAUCCAGAAGCACUAGGUCAGCAAAGACAAACUCUGUGUCAUGUACUCUCUCUUACAAGACCAGGACAGAAUGGUUUCUCCUUGUAUAUAUUUGUAAUAUACAAUAUUUUUCAUGCUCCACUAUUUUAUUAAAAAUAAAAUGUGUUCUUUAGUUUGCUGCU